AUGGGAACCGGCUCUGUCACCUUCAAGCAAGCUUUGACUGCUCUGGUGCAAAGCGCGAACGAGGAGUUGAGGAAGCAGGGUCAAGGUUCAGAUCCUUUGGAAGUGCCUGCCGCGAUCACAGUCGCUGCUUGCGACUACGACAAGCAUGCGCAGGAAGUGCUGGCUUCACUGCCGGAGGUUUUCCGCCCUGAACACAUUCAUGGCGAUCUGAAUGAGAGGCUCGCGGAAAAGUGCUUGAAGCAAUUGGAUGAAGCUCGCGAGACGACGUUUUUUGAGCUUCAAACGGUGCUGAGUGAAGAGGGGGCUGAGACCGCAGAGGACCGCAAACGCAUUGAGGCCACAUAUGGCAUGCGCCUCCUGGACCGCUACAUGAAGAUCUUGGAGAACAAGAGCUUUUGGAAGACUGACAGCGGCGCCGGCGCCGCUGUCCCGGCCAAGGCGGCCGAGAAGAAGAGCAAGGCCCAGGCCCAGGCCCAGGCUGCCCAGGCCCAUGGAUGCACGAGCGAUGACAUUGACAUGCCGCCCAGCACGACAGCAGCAGCCGACUCCAAGCCGCAACCGCGGGUGGUGAAAGUUGCUGUGGGUGGUUCUGUUUGCGUGGACCACUCACCCUUUGGCGCCGACAUUAUAUUGCACGAGAACAGCAGCAGAUUCUUGGACUGGAUUUUCCCUUUGUACCUUCCAGAGUACAAGUGGUAUACGGUGCAGCUGCCAAUCACCGGUACUUCAGAUCUUCGGAAUGUGAUGCUGUCUCCGUGGCAUUUUGGCUGGCCAGAGAGAAGGCCCAGGCUCUACACGGUUGGCGUCCGACAACAAGGCCCUUUUUCUCUGCAGAGCCACCCUUGCACAGCACUCGCUGGCGCUGGCAAGGCCGACGGCUGGAACUUCGAGAACCCUCUCAACAAGGUGAUCGACCUCUGGUCGACCCCGAAUUUUGAGGCGUCAGAGUUCUUCGCAGCAGACGAGGACGGACUGACUGACGCCCGUGUCCCCAGCCCCGCGUGUCCUCCGCAGCCGCCGCAGGAACAGGUGGAAGCAGAACGCCGAACUGCCAGCCGAAAGACAUGCAGAGAUCGCCGUUCCAGCUUUGAAAUGCUGCUUACAGGUGCAAAGCCUACGUAUUUGCGGCGAUUCAAGGAGUUGGAGAAGGUCAAGAAGUUGCACUCCAAAGGCUAUACAGUGAUUGCAAAUUUGGCACAGAAUCCGGACAAACGCCCGGAGCAUUUGAUUGCCAUGGGGGUGCCGGUUUAUGCAGACCUCGCCGGUUUGCCUCUGCAGCCUCACUUUGAGAUGACGCUUGGCGCCGAGGCGCUCUGGCUCGUUUUAUCAGGCCUGCAGGCCGGCAAGCUGCCAACCUGCGUAGCGGGUCAGUGGAUAAAAGUCGUUGGUCCGGAGUCCGAGUCCGGGGUUGAGGGAGCUUACCCCGACGGCUCCGACUCCGAUCCGAAGCUGCAGCGAUUCGAGACAACAUGCAGUGUUCCCGCGUGUCCGACGGUGGUCAUUCGACGUCCGAGUGACAAGCUGAUGGCGAUGGAGAAGGAGCAGCCGGAGGCAUUUCUGGAGCUGCUGGAAGAUUUCAGUACGAAGCUCCUGGCUUUAAUUACUUGGGCUCUUGGAUUGCAUUACUUGGAUUUGUGGAGCGCGAAGCUGGGCAUGGCGGCUGAUUUCGCGAAGGCAGAUCAGCAGCAGCAGCCGCAGCAGCAGGACAACCCCUUCGGCGAGGCGUUGGACAAGUUUGCCGGGUUUGCCGAGCCGGUGACGGCGUUGAAGACUCAGGUUGAGGAGCGUACCCCCGACGGUUCCGAUCCGAAGCUGCAGCGAUUCGAGACAACGUCGUUGAUCUUGUGCGAGCGGCAUUCGUCGGGCAGAGCGGCCAUGCUGAAGCAGGAGAAGCUGGUGGCGAUGGAAAAGGACGAACCGGAGGCGUUCAUGGAGCUGCUGGAAGACUUCUGCACGUCGCCGAACCCGGGCCGCGGGAAAGCCCGGGCAGUCUACGACUUCUCGAAAGUCAAGAGCCGCAUCGCCGUGGGAAACAGGUUGGAGGACUCAGCCAUCAGGAAGCCUUUCACCCAGGACGAGUACAUCUUGUGGUUUACUGAGAAGUGCCCCCGAUACCUACGACUGUCAGAAGAGGCCGCGGAGGCCCGAUGGAAGAAGGACUUGCGCGAUCCGACGGUCCGGAGGGACCAGGUGAAGGCGAAUAACAAGGAUGGCUCCGAUGCUGGGUUGGAAGAGGCCGUGCAUCAGGAGGAGGAAGUGUCUAGAAAGCAACCUACCGAGAAGCAAGAAGCGGAGCUGGAUGGAGUGAGGAAGCAACUGCUGGAAGACUUCGACUUGGAGGAUGAUGGUGGCGUGCCUUUGACGUCGCGUCGUUCAACCUCGGCCUCAGCCGCCUCUGGUGGCAGUAACUCUGCCACCCCUUCGGGCAGCGGCAGGAAUGUCAGCAGCGGCGCCAACUCCAAGCCAGGGAAUGCUUUGAUCCCGAUCCCGUUGGACAAGAAGGAGCAGGCGUUGUUGAAGCUGAUGCCUGCAGCAUGUGCUACUCGCCUCCGCUCGCAGACCGUGAAGGAGUUCACGAGCACAGAGGCAAUGCUCGUCAAGGCUCUGAACGUAGCAGCAUCGGUGGAGAAGCAGGCCAACGAAAUUUACAUUGGAACACAAGACGCACAAGGUGACCCCACGUUUUUGCAUCUGGAUCCAUCCCUGCAGCUGCUGCGAUCGCGGGUGGCCAUAGCCAAGCAGAUGCGAACGGAUGAUCCUUUUCUUAACAGUGAGAAAACCCAGGACAUCAAGCGCCAGCUGAUGCAAGCUUUGAUGGAGGACCCCUUCUUUCGGGAGUCAGAGGAGCCAAAGGUUUCUGAGGAGAUCUGCUUGACGUUCGGGCAGCUCAAAUACUUCCGCGAGGUGAAGAGCAAGCUUUUGUCCAGCACAGCGGCCGUUAUUGAAAAGUUCGGCCAGCACCGAUCAGCUUUGCUGCUCAUGACGGCUGUCGCGAAAAGCAUCAUAUGUGAAGCAGAUUCGUGGCGUGCCACUGUGGCAGCAGAAAGCAAAGCCGUUGAAGAGGAACGCAGGGCCAAGGAGAAGGAAGAUAAAAAACGCAAAACCGAGGAGGACAAACGGGCGAAGAGGGAGCGUGGCUGGGCUGCGUUGGGUGAGUUGCGCAACGCCGCAGAAAAGUUGCGGAAAAAGGAGGAGGACAAGGCAAACAAAGCCAAAGGCGGCGGUCGCGGCGGUCCUGACGAGGAAGCCGAUGCUGAUGCUGAGGGGAGAAAGGCAAAAAAACGACGGGGCCCCAAAAUGGAUCGGAUCACAGACGAAGACCCGCAGAUCUUGCAGACCGGGAGGAAUAUUAAGGAGAUGGAUGUUUCUGAGUCCGUCGAUGAUUUGUGCACGGCCAUGUCUUUGAAUGAGCCCUUUGCCUGCCGUCUCAAGAAAGGGCCCAUCGCCAAAGUCUUGAGAAACGCAACAGCGCACGAUGGCUCAAGUGCUGCACCCCCGAAAGAGACCGUGACAGGGUUCACGAAGGUGGUCACCACUGCAGCCUUGAAGCAUUUCAAGCUUCAAGGCAUCGUCCAAUGGUUCUCUGCGCAGAACGGGGCGGACCUCGAAGCAAUGCGCAGCCUCAGACAUCUCUACAGCAUUCCAGGCGACACCAUGUACGUGCCGCCUGGCAGUAUCAUCGUCGAGAAGGCGAUGGGCAGCACGUUCACGGUGAAAGCUCACACGUGUAUUGUGGAUCUGCACACCCGUGGGUGUCUGGAAGAGCUGAUCACGACCUUCCCGGAGCUGCUAAUCUGCAGGAAUUCCGUCCUUCGCCACCUCCUGAAUGCCCUUGCUGAGCUCAAGCUGCCCUCUCCGCAUAUGCAUACAAAUGGUGAUGAUGAUGCACAGGCAAAGGCAAAGGCUGGCGAUGCCCAGGGUCAGGGUCGUGAGGACGCGGUGCCCGCCGAAGAGUCACAGGACCCAACCGAGCCGGAUCACGAGAAGCAGCAGGAAGCGGCGGAGAAGGAGUCGAGCGAGGUUCCAAAGGAGCUCGAGCACGAGAAUCACGAGGAACACCCGAAGCCGACCGAGGACCCAACCGAGCAGCCGGAUCACAAGAAGCAUCAGGAAGCGGCGGAGAAGGAGUCGAGCGAGGUUGCAAAUCCAACCGAGCAGCAGCCCGAGCACGAGAAGCAGCUGCAGCCGGGGUCGACCGAGUCAGCCUACAGCCCGCCGAAGUCAUGUAGGACAGGGCCUCACGCUCGCACCAGUCCCAGCUGCCCUGCCCAGGCCCAGGCUGCCCCUGUUGGGGUUGAUAUUCAGACCGUCGAGGAGCCACCCGUGACAGAGCCAGAGGCGCUUGGUGGUCGCAGUGGUGAUUUAGGGAAUUUAGGGUUCGCAUGGCAAUCUUUCGUUUAG